AUGUCAUCAUCCCACCAAAAUCAAUUCAAACUAGUCUGCUUAGGUAACCCUCUUUUAGAUCUCCAAACCAAUGUUGAUAAGUCAUACUUGUCCAAAUACGAUUUAAAAGACAACGAUGCCAUUCUUGCCGAAGACAAGCAUUUGCCCAUCUAUGAUGAAAUCUUGCAAAAACCCGACUUGAUUUUAGUUGCUGGAGGAGCUGCGCAAAACACCGCUAGAGGAGCUCAAUAUAUCUUGCCUCCUCAAUCCGUUGUUUACUUUGGAUCGGUUGGUAAUGACGUUUAUGCUGAACGUCUUAAUGAAGCUAAUGAAGCUUAUGGAUUGACUACAAGGUACCAAGUCCAACUGGAAUUUGCUACUGGAAAAUGUGCUGCGUUGAUUUAUGAUCAUCAUCGUUCAUUGGUGACUGAUUUGGCUGCCGCUAACCAUUUCAAACCAGAACAUUUACAAAAACCCGAAAACUGGUCCAUUGUUGAAAAUGCCACUCAUUACUACAUUGGUGGAUUCCACUUGACAGUGUCACCAGAAGCCAUCUUGUUAUUGGGUAAAGAAGCCACCAAAGCCAACAAACCAUUGGCGCUUAACUUUAGUGCUCCUUUUAUUGCCCAAUUCUUCAAAGAUCAAUUAGAUUCAGUAUUGCCUUAUGUCGAUUACGUCAUUGCUAAUGAAUCAGAAGCUGAAGCUUAUGCACAAUCACAUGAAUUGAAGGUUGACCAUAAGGAUGUAGUUGCCAUUGCUAAGGAGAUUGUUAAAUUGCCUAAACAAAACACCAAGAUCCCCCGUACUGUUAUUUUCACUCAAGGUACUGAACCAACAGUAACUGUAACUGAUUUGGGUAAUGGCGAAGUUGAAGUCCAUCAAUAUCCCGUCCAACAAUUGAAGAAGGAAGAUGUUGUCGAUACUAAUGGUGCUGGUGAUGCUUUUGCUGCUGGUUUCAUUGCCUCGUUGGUUGAGGGUAAGCCUUUAUCCAAGGCGGUUGAUGUUGGUCAAUGGGCCGCUAAAUUGUCUAUUCAACAAGUUGGACCAACUUUCCCAUUCCCUAAGGAAACUUAUGAAUAA